GUGUGCGUGUGGGGUAUCGUGAUCACAGACGAGUUAUUGUUCUGAUUUAACCGCUGCCUCCUCGCGAUCUCCUCAUCAAGAGUCUUCACUCGCGUCCCAUGGACUGGGACAAUCCCGUGCUUCUGAGAUACAGCUGAACCCCGAGCGCGCAUAAUCAUGUUCAAGAAGAGCAAGAACAAAGUUCUGGUGGAUGAAGCGUCGGAGGAGGACGAGGCGUCGUGGCAUCACGAGCACGCGAGUCAGGAUAAAGACUCCGAGGGAACAGAGGAAGUUCUGAGCCCCUCAACAAAGGAUUCGAAGUCAAAGAAGGUAAAAUCAAAGCGAGAAAAAGGAGACAAGAAGUUGUUUCCGUCUCAGGACGAUGAACACUUCUUGCUGACAGGAGUCACCGUCUCUCACAGAAGAGGGUCUGCUAAGAAAAACUGGGAGGACGACAAGAGUAAAGCCCACUCGGAAAAAGACAAAGCGCACUGUCUGUGGGACAGCAUCACCAUGACGAUGAAGCAAAUCACACCUACGAGGAAGAUUGACAAGAUUGAGGGCUGGGAGCCGCCUCAGCUGAACGACGGGGUGGAGGAGGGAAUAAAUGAGCCGGAGAAGAAGAGUGACUCGUCCCCGCUGUCUUCCCCGCUGUCACUGUCUCUGCCGCACUCUCUGGGCUUGCCGUCCUGGGUUGGCUUGGGUUCAGAGGAGGACUCGUCUCGUUACGCUAGUCUGACUGAAUCACAGACCGGUGGCCCUGCCCAGUGGGCGGCUCGGGCGCGAGAUAAAUUAGCCGCAGUUCGUCGCCGAAGUCCAGCCAGCCUAUCAGAGAAUAACUGGGAGGGGCUAAAAUAAUUUCCAUUUCAAUGUCUAAACGGUUGGCCACACCCCCUUGAAAACUAGCUCUGAUUGGACAGCCCACUGAUAUGAAGAUGUGAAGAGUAGGACCCUCAGACCAAGAGUGCCUGCUUCCAGUGCCUGUCAACUUUCCCAUUUGAUAUAAAAUGCGCUUCCAAUUUUUGAAUGAAGCCUCCUCGUUUGAAAUCACUGGAUGUACUCCUAGUUGGUGUCUGACAUCACCAUGGCGUUUUGUAAAUUACUUUUAAAGGUUAAAUGACAUUUAAACACUCAAAGAGAGAGUUCAACCAAAAAUGGAAAUCUUGUCAUUGUUUAUUCCCCCUCAUUUCAAACCCGUUUGUUUUUAUCUGUUUAUUCUGUGGAGCACAAAAGAUGUAGAUUAGCCGAAUGUCUCAAGAACCAUAGACUUAGUCAUGCUAGAAGCAUAAACCUCAGUCAGACGCCAUAUUGAAUAAUGAUAAUGAGGCUGUGGACAGUGGUACGUACUGUAUACAACUUUCAAAACUGCUUUAUUUCGUUUUUUAUCUUCUGAAAGCUUUUCAGAAAGACUCAGUAAUGUUUUAAACCGAGUGCACUGUACUUCUAUCCCCUACAACCCUUGUUUCAUCCCUGUCCAAAAAAAAUGGUGCUACCCAGACCAAGACUUAAUAGCUGAUAAAAUGACAAUAAAAUUAGAGUAAAUAUAGUCCAAAUGACUGUAUUAUGAGUUUUUUGGUUUUUUUACACAAUAAAGUUACCUGAGAAACGGCCUGAGAAUUCAGAAUUCAUUCAGUCAUUUAGGUAAACUUCUCUUUUUCGCAGAAUAAAAUCAAACAGGUUUUAGAUGACAUAAGGGUGAAUAAAUGAUGACGGAAUAUCUAAUUUGUAUGUAAACUCUGUCUCUUUAAAUCUACAUUUUAUCAGCGCCGAUUAAUCUCAGUGAGAUUCUCAGUCGCGAUAAUCACUCGUGACGAGAGAUCGACGCUUUGUGUGUAAUGCUCGAAUCUUCGAUUCAGCUGUGGUUAAUUUAUUCCGCUGUGUAAAUCAAGAAUGAAUGUGAAAUGAUGUAGAAACACCUUCAUUCGUAGAUUUACAGUCGCUACUGCCUGCUGAUUCACAAUCGUAAUGUCCUCUAAUUACUCUAUGCAGUCAUUUCCUUGCUAUAAUCCCAAACUACUCGCUAUAUUGAUCAUGCUAGCAAUAUAUUCAGUGCCACUUUUCAGUAACAAAGAAGAGUUUACUGCGGCUUUAGACUUUAACAGGGAACAGUUUUCAGUUGUAUGUGCUUGGUCCUGUCGCUGGAGAUUUUGAGCUUUAAUCAAACUGCUAAUUAUAAUCAUUGGACUCAUUUGGGGGGGAAAAACACAGUCUUCUAGGGUUGAAACGAAGUUCUAAACUGGUUGGUUUUUCAGGAAAGGAAUGAGCAUCCAGGUCUCAUUAAUAAUGCUUAAUAGUAACGAUUGUUACAAACAUUAUUAGUUGAAGCCUUCCAAAGACCUCAAGAGCUGUGCUGUUUUAUCAUGAAGUGUUUUUCUUGCAGUGCCUCGACUUAAAAUUCAUUUUGUAGUGAUCACAUGAUAGUUCUCUUCUAACACCCUCAACAUGAUAAAAAUGACAAUCAUCAUUUAUAAGACUGAUGUAAAAUGUAUUGUGUAUAAACCUUUGGCCGAUCCCAUUGAAGCGCCUCUAAGAUCUUUGGUUUGCUAGAAGAACAUGACUGAGUGUCUUGUUGCAGAUUUCAAGAGAUUAUUUGUAAGCAGAUUCUGAACGUAAGUGGGUUUGCUGCUCUUAGUUGUUCAUAGUAGCUUUAUAUAACUAGUAUAGUACAAAUAUGUGUUUGAACUUUGAACGAUGAUUACAAAUUGUUAGUUUCAGAUUUUGCUCUUUAUAUUUAGGGACUUUGAUUUUACUACUGAAUGUUUUUUUUUUGUAUUAUGAUUUAAAUACAAACAAUAAGAUGCUGUAGUUCCAGGGGUUCAGAUAAAUUGGUGAAUCUGAAUAAAAUUUACUUUAUAAACAA